AUGGUGGGGGCAUCCCCAGGGCUCACCAUCCCAGUGGACAUCCCCCCCUUCCACUUCCAGCCCCGCCGGAUCAGUGUGGACUGGCGUCGCUUCAGUGCCAUCGACGUGGAACGGGUGGCCCGGGAGGUAGACGUGGCUGUGCUGCAGGAGCACAUUGCCAGCAUCACCUUCUGUAACCUGGACGGGGAGCAGUGCCCCCACUGCGGGCAGCCGGCAGACCCUGUCCUGCUCAAGGUGCUCAGGAUGGCCCAGCUGAGCAUUGAGUACCUCCUGCACUGCCAGGAGCACCUGGGGACCAGCCUGGCCAUGCACACCCAGCGCCUGGAAGCUGCCCGUGUGGAGCUGGCUUCCACCCAGCAGCAGGCAGCAGAGCAGGCGGUGCAGCUCCAAGUGUCAAAAGAGGAGAGCAGAAGAUGGAAGAAGUUACUUGCCAUACAGCAGCCCCUUUUGCAAGCUGGCCCCAACACCUAUUGCAAGUGCCACCUCUGUGAUAAAGCCUUCAUGAACAGCUCCUUCCUGCAAGCCCAUGUGCAGCGCCGGCACGCAGAGACCACCGAGAAGGGUGAGCCCUGGGACAAAAGGAGGAAGAUGAAACAGGUGGAGCAAAUGGAGGAUGAGGUGGAGGAGCUGAAAGCAAAAUUGAGGGAGAUGCAGAAGCAGCUGGAAGCAGUGAGAGAUGCGGAGAAGCUGUACAGGGAGCAGGAAACAGAGAGAGCUCACCAGCAAGAAGAGGAAGGCUGGAAAUAUUUGGAAAGGUGGAAAGAGGAGGAGAGGACAAAGCUGUAUGAAGAGAUAGAUGGCCUGAAGCAGCUCUUCCUCACAGCAUUCAAAGACAUGGCCAGCAGGAACAGUGCCAUGGAGGGGAAACUGCAGGAGCUUUAUACUAGAGAGGUGUUGAGAUCCAACCUGGGAACCCUGCGGGAUGAUGACAGCGAGGAGGCAUUGUGGCAGGCAUCAGGCUGGGCAGAGCGGGAGAGGAUGGCAGUGCAGAUCAAGCUGCUCUCUGCAGGAAAACCUGAAGUGACCCAGGACAUGACCAAAGUGGAAGCUGAUGAAGAGUCAGCAGGCAGUGAGGAGGCCACCCAGGGUGGGAAGCACAGGCUGCUGGAAGCCCUGCGGAGAAACCCAAACCUCCUGAAGCGGUUUCGCCACAUCCUGGGAGAAGUGCUGGAGGAAAAGCUGGAAAGCAUGGGGAUCAAGAGGGUUGCAAAGGGAAUCUCCACUCGGACCUACAAAAGACUCCAGGCUCUGGUCAGGCUUCAGCAGCAACGGAAGGCUGCAAGAUUUCCUGGUCUCCUCCACCUGAGGGAUGAGUUGGUCCGAGCACUGAUGGGGAAAGUCAGGCGAUGCAAGAAGUCCAGCAGUGCUUUGCCUCGACAGCUCUCUGCCAUCCCAGCUCAAAGCCUGAAGACCCCCAGGUCCCUUCGUGGGUCAAGGCCCAUGAGUAUACCAGCUGCAGGAGAGCCGGAAGCCACAGUGAUCCUUCACCCGGUGUCUUGGAGCAGAGCCCUCUCCACGCACAGCCCCUCAAGGACUCCUUGGGGCACUAUGGGGACCAGCAGACCCCACCGAGUUAUCCCACAGAGGAGCUCAGAAAUGAUGCUGGGAGCGAAGCAGCUCAGCUUGUCCCCCAUGAAGCCAAUGCUCUCUGCAGUGAUGCCGGGUGAUGAGGCUGACUCUGAUGGGUCAGACCUGGACUCGCUGGAGGAAACAGCUGGUUCAGGUACCACCCGUUCUUGUAGCAACUGCUGUGGGUCAGUGAAGGGGUGGGAACAACCCAGAGGGAAACCGGACUGUCUAGAGGAUGCAGGGAACCCCACAAGACCCAAAGGGCUGACAAACAUAAGAAGGAAAGCUUGUUUUAACAGUCGGCUGUAUGCUGCAAAACCUGGUGUGAACCACAUGCAGGAGAUGAUGUGGGGACUGUCCUGUGUCCCCUCAGGGAACUGA